UGAAGACCGUGAUCCCCACCUGACGAGAUAACUCCCCAGUUCCUCCCACCUCCCUCAACUCUCCCCUUUCUUCGAUUAUGGAUGCUAUAAAAACUAUUGGUACUUUGAAACCGUAUACACAGAGAAGAUCAUACUUUGGAUUUGCAAAAGGAAAUCCAUCAAUUUCAUUAUUCUCUGCAGGACAUCAUCGAUUUUAUCUGCACAAGCUGGAAAAGAAAUUUUAUGUUUUCUGUCUCUACUGGUGGUAAAUCUGUCUCUCUGCAAGUGAAGUUUGGCCAAGUAGAAGAGGGUACUCAGUAAUUAUUAGGGCGCUCAAGUUGAUUCAUAAUUGGUCUUCUUGGAUUUCACUCAUUCUUCAAAGUGGUUGUGGUUGUUGCUGCUACUUUGCUGUUGCACAUUCAAGGUCUUCUUGGAGUUCACUCAUUCUUCUAAGUGGUUGUUGCUGCUGCUGCUAUUACUUUACUGAUGUACGUUCAAGGGAUAGUUUUGGUUUCUCGGUUCUGAAUUUUGACACUCUUCUCAAGGAAAAUUGUUGUACCUGGUUUUGAUUUCUUAGUAUUAGAUGUUAUUGUUACUCUUUGUGUUUUUAGGUUGUCAUCACAAUAGUUGAGCAUGUCUUUGUAGUCGUUUCAUGAUUAAGAGAACAUGGAUAAGAGCUGGGUUGAUAAGGACCCUGCUUCUCUAGAGUAUGAGGAAGGGUUGAAUGCAUUCCUAGAUUACGCCUACAUCCAUGGAAAGCUUAAUAGGGAAGGAAACUUGAAGUGUCCUUGUACUGAUUGUAAAAAUUUUGUGUGUCAAGAGCGAAGUAGAAUUGUUGAUGAUUUAGUCUGUUAUGGCAUGUUGCCAAGUUAUACGAAUUGGAUUCAUCAUGGAGAAAGAAGUGUAUCUACACCAGCACCAGAAAUCAGGAAUGAAGAUGUUGAGGUUGAUACUGAUGUUGAUGCUGAUGGUAUCCGUAUUAGGGACGAUCUUAGUGGUUUGUUGGGAGAUGCUUUUCCUAAUGAAGUUGAUAACAUGGAGAAUAUGCAGGAUGGAACAGAGGAUGUUAAUCUUAAUUUUAAGAAGUUGUUGGAACAGUCGAAAAAGGAGUUUUACCCUGGUUGUGAUAAAAUGACAGUGUUGUCGUUUGUUAUUAGAUUAUGGCACAUUAAAUGCAUUAAUCAGUUGAGCAACAAGGCAUUUACUAUGAUGCUUCAGCUAGCACGAGAUUCGUUUCCAGAUGGGUGUUCGCUCCCAAAGAAUUUCACUCAGUGUAAGAAAAUAAUUACAGAUUUGGGUAUGGGUUAUAAUAAAAUUGAUGCUUGUCGGAAUGAUUGCAUGUUAUUCUGGAAGGAUGACUCAAAAUUGGACGAGUGCAAUAUUUGCGGGGCUUCAAGGUGGAAGAUAGUCAGACCUGGGAAGAAGAAGAAUACUCCUUGGAAGAUACUCCGCCACUUCCCGUUAAAGCCUAGACUUCAACGUUUAUUUAUGUCUUCCAAAACUGCCAAGGACAUGAGAUGGCAUAAAGAAGAGAUCACAAAUGAUAGGGUCAUGAGGCAUCCAGCGGAUUCUAUAGCUGGAAGCAUUUUGAUGAAACUAACCCGGAUUUUGCUUCAGAUUUGAGAAAUGUAAGGCUAGGUUUAGCAAGUGAUGGCUUCAAUCCAUUUGGCAGUAUGACUCUCUCGCACAGUACGUGACCGGUGGUACUUGUUUCAUACAAUUUGCCUCCAUGGUUAUGCAUGAAGCAACCUCACUUCAUCCUAUCUCUAGUGAUACCAGGCCCAAGUAGACCAGGGAACGACAUUGAUGUAUAUCUGAGACCUUUGAUUGAAGAACUAAAAGAGUUGUGGGCAGAAGGAGCUGAUACUUAUGAUUCAUUUAAAAAGGAGACAUUUAAACUGCGUGCAGCUGUUUUAUGGACUAAUAGUGAUUUUCCGGGUCUUGCUAUGCUGUCAGGAUGGAGCACCAAAGGUAAACUGGCGUGUCCAACAUGUCAAAAAGGUACAUCCCACAGACGUUUGAAGCACGGCGGGAAAGAAUGUUAUAUGGGGCAUCGCCGGUGGUUACCACCGGAUCACAAGUUUCGAGAUCUUAAGAAAGAAUUUGAUGGGACCGUUGAACAUGACGCAGCUCCAGUUCCUCUACAAGGUAGAGAAAUAGUACGUCUGUUGAAAGAUAUUCCUCAUAAAUUUGGUAAGAAGCCUGAAGAGCCCGAACAGCCUGAAGAAAAUGAUGCCUCUGCAAAGAAGAAGAAGAAAGGUCAAAAAGGAAAGACUCCACGUGUGAAAAAGAAGAGGCCGCGAGAGGAAGAGGAGAGUGUUCCCUUCCCUGAUAACUGGAAGAAAUUAAGUAUCAUGUUUGAGCUUCCAUAUUGAAGAUAAUCUACUGAAGCACAAUUGUGAUGUCAUGCACAUUGAGAAAAAUGUCUGCGAAAAUAUACUUGGUACUCUUCUGGAGCUCGACAAAAAGUGCAAGGAUGGUUUGAAGGCAAGGCAAGACUUGAAAGAAAUGCGAAUUAGACCACGGCUGCAUCCGGAAUUCGAUGCCGUCAAGAACAAAUACUAUCUACCUGCUGCCUGCUACUAUUUGGAUAAAGAUCGAAAAGAACUGUUUUGUACCGUGCUUAAUAGUUUGAAGAUUCCUGAUGGGUAUUCCUCCAACAUUGGAAGGCACGUGAAAGUCAAAGAACGUAAGUUGGUUGGUAUGAAGAGCCAUGACUUGCAUGUAAUUAUGCAACAGUUCUUACCUUUGGCUAUUCGGAAGACGUUGCCAACAAAGGUCAGUUCAGUUUUAAUUGAGUUAAGUUUGUUUUUUCGGGAGUUAUGCUCCAAAACUCUUUUGCCUGAAGAUUUGAGGCUCCUCGAGAAAAGUAUUGCAGUUACUCUUUGUAACCUGGAGAGAAUCUUUCCACCAGCGUUUUUUGAUUUUAUGGUACAUCUACUAAUUCAUUUGGCGUCAGAAGCACUUCUUGGUGGACCUGUCCAGUACAGAUGGAUGUAUCCGGUUGAAAGGUACCUGAAAACACUGAAAUCAUAUGUAAGAAACAUGGCUCAACCGGAGGGGUCCAUAGCUGAAGGAUAUAUUGCUGAUGAAUGUGUUACAUUUAUGGCUAGAUACUUGGAUCAGGUUGAGACAAGACUGGAUAGACCUUCCAGGUACACAGAGAAUAGUCAUAUUGGUGGUUUAGAAAGCUUCAUGCUUGAUACUGCGGAGAAGAAACUGGCUCAUGCUUACAUCUUAUUCAAUCACGACGGUGUACAAACAUAUCUAGAGAAGAAAUUACUUCGCUGAAAGAAGCCAAUCGUCCCAUUUCUGAAGAAGUAUAUUCACUUUCUCGAGGUCCCUUUCAUAGAGCAAGCAGAUUUACUGGAUAUUCAAUCAAUGGAUACAUAUUCAGAACGUUAGCUAAAGAACGUGAUUUAAAGACGCAAUCUAGUGGUGUGAAGCUUCGUGCCGUGAAAGAGAGUGCUGGGGAGUCAAUGUAUUAUGGACAGGUGACGGAUAUCAUUGAGUUGUCUUACCCGAUAGGAAAGAAGUUUGUAUUGUUCAAAUGUAAUUGGGUAGAUGUAGAGAAGGGAAAAGGUAUGAAAGAAGACAAAUUGAAGUUUACUCUUGUUAAUUUCACACAUUUGUUGUCAACUCAGAAACAAGAAGCGUACGUAUUGGCAUCGCAAGUCAAUCAAGUGUUUUAUGUAGAAGAUCCAACUGACCCGGGAUGGCAUGUUGUGGUUACCAAUAAACCCAGAGAUACUUUUGAUUUGGGUGGUGAGGAUGAUGGAUUAGUAGAAAGUACAGCAAUUGGUCUACAUGAUGAUAAUAAGAUAAAUUUGGUGAGAGACAAUGUUGAAGAACUACGGUUGACCCUCCAAACACUGAUUCUAGUGGUUCUAAUAAAACUUCUAGCAGAAAUACUGUAAAUUAGAGCUUGGACAUGGGUGCAGAUGAAGACGUAGAUAUGGAUGAAAGUGAGGAUGAAGAUGCGGAUUUGGAUGGAAGUGAGGAUGAAGAUAUGGAUGGAAAUGGGGAUGAAGAGGAGGAUGAGGAUGAGGAUGAGGAUGACGAUAGGGACGACGAUGAGGAUGAGGACGACGAUGAAAGAAAUGAUUCUGAUUCAUAACCUCAAACUAUUUUUGUGUCUCUUGGUUUUUGCAGUUCUGUUUCUGAUUUUCUGUAUUAUGUAGUUCUUUUUAAAAUCGAAUACAACUUUUCAUUAAUUUCUUAUUAUGUGUUUUUUAUCCACACAUUGUGUGA